AAGAUGCGGAUUCAAGCCCAUUUGCUUUCUGUAUAAACUAAAGUGCAGAAGACAGCUGAGGCGCGAGAGCUAGAACAUCUGUAUUAAUCUAAAAAUCUCCUCUGGAGAGUUAAAAGAAGAAGGCGAGCGACAGACAGACAGAUUCGUAUUUCGAUCUUCAAACCCAGAUGGCAACCGAAAUGAGCUUGAAGCUUCUGGUGGACAUGAAUUCCAAAAGGGUUCUAUUUGCAGAAGCAGAGAAGGAGAUUGUAGAUUUCCUCUUCAGCCUCCUGAUCAUGCCCAUGGGCACCAUAGUGAGGCUGCUAAGCCCACAUCACGCCAGCGCAGGAUGCUUCGGCAACCUCUACAACAGCGUCCAGAAUCUGGGUGACAUGUACUUGCAGCCCAACACAGACAAGGCCCCUCUCUUGCAGCCCAAAAUCGCAUACUCGCCAUUAACGACCGGCGUUCAGCGCCAGGACACUCUUCCUCUUCUUCUUCUUCAGGAUGCUGAAAGUGAACAGAGCAAGUCUACCAGUCCUCCGCAGAGAGUGAAGUACUACAGAAAUUCUGCUAGGAUAUGUGGGCAUCUGUCUAAUGUUGCGGGGACUCGGUGCCCAUGUGGAUGGGAUAUGAACAUGGAGCUGCAACUGAUUGAACCAAAGACUGUGGCCGCCGGAGCUAGAGGGUAUGUAAAGGAGUUGGUGACGUACAUGAUCACUGAUGACUUGGUGGUAACGCCAAUGUCUACCAUCUCUAGCAUUACUCUUCUUUCCAGGCUUGGUGUCAAGGGAAUAUGUAACUUGGAGGAGGUCUCUGUGAAGCUUGACAAGGAACAGGGUUUGGCUUUGUUAAGAGCUGCUUUACAGUCAAAGUCGGUUCUAACAGAUGUUUUCCUUAUGGAGGGAGCUCCUCAAACUCCAGCAGAUUCAAAGAGAAUGGAAGAGCCCAUUGUAGCUGAGCCAAAGAAAGCAAGCUGAAAGAAGAAAAAUAACACUGAGAAGAGGAGAAGAACCUUUAUGGUUGAUGACAAUGUUAUGUUAUCAUGGUUAUUGAGCUAAUGAUGUAUAAUUGAUAUAUGAAGUAAAAGCAAGUGAUUUGGAAUAUACUCAAAAAAGUUGCAAAUAAACUGGAUAUU